UUCCUGUCGGUGCCCAGGUCACGGCUCACCCUCCUUCUUAGGCUCUGGCGUCGGGCGGCGAGCAUCCCGGGCCUGCGGGGUCGGACGCCGUGCGGCCGGGCCGGCCCUCAGCGGGUGCGGGUUCUGCGGGCCGGCAGUGGCUCGAGGGGGACCCCCGAGCGCGCCCCGGAGCCCGCGGGCUGGGCCGUGGGGUCGGCGGGUCCCGGUCCCGGUCCGUGUGCACCCCCGGCGGCCCGGGCGAGGCUCGUGGGCCAGGGCGUCCCCGGGAGGCCGAUCUGGGCCCGCGAGGAACGGUGGCCCGAAGUGAGUGUGUCCCGUAGGCCCGGAGCCGGCUCCUGCGGGGCAGCGGCCUUGGGAGGCGGAGAGGAGGGGACCCGGGAGAGAAGGCGCCGGAGGAGCAGCCCCCGGCCCGGGGCCUCGGCGGCUGGGGCGGAUGAGCGAGUCCCGGCGGGAUCUGCGUCCGCUUUCACAGUCCUCCACGUUUUUCCAAGAGCAGCAGAAAAUGAAUACACUUCUGGGGCCAGUGUCAUUCAAGGAUGUGGCCGUGGACUUCACGCAGGAGGAAUGGCAGCAGCUGGACCCUGAGCAGAAGACGACCUACAGGGAUGUGAUGCUGGAGAACUACAGCCAUCUCGUGUCCUUGGGGUGUCACAUUAUCAAACCGGAAGUUAUCAUCAAGCUGGAGCAAGGAGAAGAGCCAUGGAUAGUGGAAGGAGAAUUCCUACUUCAGAGUUGCCCAGAGGAAGUCUGGAAAGUCGAUGACCUGCUAGAGAGAGUCCGGGAAAGUGAAGACAAACAUUCAAGACAAACUGAAUUCAUCAACACCAAAACUCUGAGUGAAGAGAGAGGUCAUGUUCCUGGUAAGACUUUUAAUGUGGAAACAAACCCUGUUCCUUCAAGAAAAAUGUCCUAUAAAUGUGACUCCUGUGGAAAGAGUUUAAAGUCUGUUUCUGAGUUUAUUCGUAGUGAUGGAAGCUAUGCAAGAAUGAAACCUGAUGAAUGUAGUGCAUGUGGGAAGUCACUUCUCCACGUUAAGCUUGAGCAAACUCAUCCCGGAGAUAAAUCUUAUGAGUUUAAUCAAAAUGGGGAAGCUUACACUCUAAACGAAGAAAGUAUUUAUCAGAACAUUCAUAUUUUGGAGAAACCCUUUGAAUAUAUUGAAUGCCAGAAAGCCUUUCCAAAGGAUACAGUUUUUGUUAAUCAAAUGGAGGAGAAGCCCUAUAAGUGGAAUGAAUCCGAAAUAGCCUUUCUCCAAAUGUCCAACCUAAGUGUGCACCAGAGAUCUCCUGUGGAGCUGAAGCCCUAUGAAUGCAGUGCAUGUGGGAAAUCCUUCUGUAAAAAGUCAAAAUUUAUCAUACACCAGAGGACUCACACAGGAGAGAAACCUUAUGAAUGUACUCAGUGUGGGAAAUCCUUCUGCCAGAAGGGAACCCUCACUGUACAUCAGAGAACACACACAGGGGAGAAGCCCUACGAAUGUAACGAAUGUGGGAAAACCUUCUACCAGAAGUUACACCUCAUUCAGCAUCAGAGAACUCACUCAGGAGAGAAGCCCUAUGAAUGUAGUUAUUGUGGAAAAUCCUUUUGCCAGAAGACACACCUCACACAACACCAGAGAACACAUUCAGGGGAGAGACCUUAUAUUUGUCACGACUGUGGAAAGACCUUCUCCCAGAAGUCAGCACUUAACGACCAUCAGAAAAUUCACACAGGUGUGAAACUCUAUAAGUGUAAUGAGUGUGGGAAAUGCUUCUGCCGCAAGUCUACUCUGACUACCCAUCAGAGGACACACACAGGAGAGAAACCCUAUGAAUGUAAUGAAUGCGGGAAGUUCUUCUCUCGGUUAUCAUAUCUCACUGUGCAUUACAGAACUCAUUCAGGAGAGAAACCCUAUGAAUGUAAUGAAUGUGGGAAAACCUUCUACCUGAAUUCAGCUCUCAUGAGACAUCAGAGAGUCCACACGGGAGAGAAGCCCUAUGAAUGUAAUGAAUGUGGAAAAUUGUUUUCCCAGUUGUCAUACCUCACGAUACAUCACAGAACUCAUUCAGGAGUGAAACCCUAUGAAUGUAACGAAUGUGGGAAAACCUUCUACCAGAAUUCAGCUCUUUGCCGACAUCGGAGAAUUCAUAAAGGAGAGAAGCCCUAUGAAUGUUAUAUAUGCGGGAAAUUCUUCUCUCAGAUGUCAUACCUCACUAUACAUCAUAGAAUUCAUUCAGGAGAGAAACCCUAUGAAUGUAGUGAAUGUGGGAAAACCUUCUGCCAGAAUUCAGCCCUUAAUAGACAUCAGAGAACGCACACAGGAGAGAAAGCCUAUGAGUGUUAUGAAUGUGGGAAGUUCUUCUCGCAGAUGUCAUAUCUCACUAUCCACCAUCGGAUUCAUUCAGGAGAGAAACCCUUUGAAUGUAACGAAUGUGGGAAAGCCUUCUCUCGGAUGUCGUACCUCACUGUACAUUAUAGGACCCAUUCAGGAGAGAAGCCCUAUGAAUGUAAUGAAUGUGGGAAAAAAUUCUACCACAAAUCAGCCUUCAACAGCCAUCAGAGAAUUCAUAGGAGAGGGAAUAUGAAUGUAAUCGAUGUGGGAAGGCUUCUCUGAAGUCAAGCCUCGUUUUAUGUCUGUUUGCAUUUUAUGAGAGGGAACCCUUUCAAUAUAAUGAAUAAGAAACUCCUACCAGUGUAAGUCAGAGGGUUCACACAGGUGAAUGUGGACAAGGCUUUGUGCAUUAGUCAGACUUGUAAUCUGAAAGUUCACAGGGUAGAAGUCACAAUGGCAACAAGACCACAUGACUCGAUGGAUACCAGACUGUGCAGGAGUGAACAUUUAUCAAUAUUUCGACCAUGUAUGUGGAUUCAAACUGUUCCACAUAUCAGGGAAUUCAUACCAAGGGGAACCCUCUCAAUUCAAGGGAUGUGGAAAACGUACUCCUUUGGAAGUUAUUAAUACUAAAUUUUAUGUUUCUGAUAUAACAUCAGGCUUUUUGUAAAAAACCAAAAACCCAAAAGCAGAAGAUAGCUCUUGUGAAUAAACAUACUCCUGUGUAAAUAGAAGCUGUAAAAUCAUCAGAUGGCUCAUCAAGAUAGCAACAUGGUGACAUUUAACUCACAUCUGAGUGGUUACUGGAAUGUAGGACUCGCAUUUUUGAGAGUUUUUGGGUUGGUUGGUUAGUUUGCUUUUUAGGAUGCUACAUUACAGGAAUUGUAUGUUCAGUGUGAAUCAUGUUUGAAAGGGCAUCGUAUCCUUAUUAGAAUAAUUUGUAAGAGAUAUAUUCAGAUUAUCCAUCUUAAAUAGCACCACCCUGUUAGUAUCUUAAUAUGCAUUGUCAUUGAAUUAAUAUUUGAUAAGUAUAAAGUAUGCUUCGUGUACUUUUCCCUGGCAUUUAUAAAUGUAUUUGAUCGUUAAUGAGCUAAAUAGUUCAUAAAGAAGCCAAUUUUUUAAUGUUUUCAACUGAUAGAGAUCUAUGCAUAAAGUAGAUAGAAAACUGCAGAUAAUUUUAAAUUGUUAAUGCCAGAAGUCUCCAGUAGUGAGAAACAGCUGUAGUACUAAUUGCACUCUAUACAGUUAAAAAAAGUACUUUAAAUAUUCCUAUUUUUAUCUAAUUUUUUUCAUCUACUAUCUUUUAUUUGGAUGCCUAUGUAAGUGUAAGUGUGCAGAGCACACGUACUGUGUAACUUAGGACUUAUCUGUAUUUUUAUCUGAUAUGAUAGUGUUUUUAAACAUUGUGCUCUAUUCCUUCCCGUUCCUGAAUAAAUUAAGGACACAUUCAUAAGGGUUCGUGGCAGACACUGUUGAGUGACCACCCCAGUCACUCGCUCCUUACUGUUUGCUGGCAGAGUUCGGGUAUCCAUUCCUUCUCACGGAACAGGGGAUAGAUCCUGAUUAGUUUCAAUCAAUAAUGAAAAUCCCUUUUUCAUUGCCAGCAGUUGGUUUAGAGUGGUCAUAAGACCCAAUUCUAGACAGAUACACAAAGGAGAUAUCAGACAGGUUAUUUCUGGAAAAGGUUUCCUUAAAGAUUCAAGGAAUGAUGCAGGGUGAAGUGGAAUCUUCUGCUGGACGUUUCCUUGUCUGGAUGUGAUGCCUGCUUAUGUCUUUCCACCAUAAGUUAUAGUUUAAGCACGGCAGAGCAAAAAGAGUACAAGAACCUGGGACCUGGAUGAUGUCAGUGAGGCACUGAGCCAACCAGCUGUGCAGCCGCUCCACCUCUGGACUGUUGCUCUUGUGAAAGACUAAAUUUAUUUUAAGCCAGUUGACUUAAGUUGUUCUGUUAGUGAUAACUGAAGGUACCAAGUUACACUUUUGUAGGAGUUAUGCAGUUGAGAAGUGGACUAGGUAAAUCGUUUAUUUUGAGGUGUUGACAUAGAGAUUUAUCUUUUCUGUAUAUUUUGGUGUAAAUAGUUUGGGCAUUAGAAAUCGACUCGAAACAAUUAGAUGUGUAUGUUUCCUUGAAUUGUUCCAUCAUUGACCUAAGAACCUCUGGAACCUGAUACAAUGUCGGGUAUACCUUCCUUUUCAUAAUGUAUGACAUCCAUUUUGUUUAGGUUAAUUUAUGUCAUUCACGGAUCGUUCCUACAGUUGACAACAGAUGGUGUGAGGUACAGACCUGCUUUUGUUUGCUUUCCAGUGAUUAGCCUGAGAGCCUGUAUUAUUUGAAUAAUUUGCCCCUUUCCACUGAGGUGAAAUGCCAUAUUUUUCAUGUAUUUCAAUUACUCAUGGCACCUGUUUUUGUUGCUCAGCACUUUCCCUCCAUAUUCUUCUGGAUGAUUGUGAGUAUGCCGCAUAACAGGAAUUCAAAGUCUGGUAGAGUGUAUAGCUUUUCAUAGGAACUAUAUAUUCUUAGUAUAUUUGUUGAAAUGAUCCCUACAAAGGUUUCCCACACUAGUGUGACAUUGUAGCUUAAAUACACAGUAUGCAUUGUAAGUAAAACGUUUGAAAAGUUGA